UCACGGAAGUGAGGAGCGUGUCGGAUGUGACGUUUGCCCGGUGCCUCCCGCCCUGAUAAUUUUUUUUCCCUCUGCACAAAAUGGCACCCCUAGAUUUGGAUAACUACGUGGAAAUUGCUCGGCAGUGUAAAUAUCUACCGGAAAAUGACCUGAAGAGAUUAUGUGACUAUGUCUGUGAUCUGCUGCUGGAAGAGUCUAAUGUACAGCCGGUGUCGACGCCAGUGACGGUCUGCGGAGAUAUACAUGGACAGUUCUAUGAUCUGUGUGAGCUCUUCAGGACCGGAGGGCAGGUUCCUGAUACGAACUACAUCUUUAUGGGAGACUUUGUAGAUAGAGGGUACUACAGUUUGGAGACAUUUACCUACCUUCUCGCCCUAAAAGCAAAGUGGCCAGACCGCAUCACACUGCUAAGAGGGAACCACGAGAGCAGGCAAAUCACCCAAGUUUAUGGAUUUUAUGACGAGUGCCAAACGAAGUAUGGAAAUGCCAAUGCAUGGCGGUACUGUACCAAGGUGUUCGAUAUGCUCACCGUAGCAGCUCUCAUAGACGAGCAGAUACUCUGCGUGCAUGGUGGCCUCUCUCCAGACAUAAAGACGCUGGAUCAGAUCAGAACUAUUGAGCGGAACCAAGAGAUUCCUCACAAAGGAGCAUUUUGUGACCUCGUCUGGUCCGACCCAGAAGAUGUCGAUACUUGGGCUAUUAGUCCCAGAGGAGCAGGCUGGUUGUUUGGUGCCAAAGUCACUAAUGAGUUCGUCCACAUCAACAAUCUGAAGCUGAUCUGCAGAGCACAUCAACUUGUGCAUGAAGGCUACAAAUUCAUGUUUGAUGAGAAACUUGUGACAGUCUGGUCAGCACCCAACUACUGUUACCGCUGUGGAAACAUUGCCUCCAUUAUGGUGUUCAAAGAUGUGAAUACUCGAGAGCCAAAACUAUUUCGGGCUGUCCCUGAUUCAGAGCGCGUCAUCCCUCCCAGAACCACCACUCCGUAUUUUCUCUGAGGUCUUUCCACAUUCUGUUCUGUGCUGGAACCUUUUUUUUUUCGUCUUUAUUUUUUUUUAGCACUUUGCUGCUGAAAUGCUGCAUCUUGCCUUUUUUUUUUUAAUAAAUUAUCAAACAUAUAUUGUUUAUUACUUUCGUAACCUUAUUGUUGCCAAGCAAUUCAGCAGCUCCCAGCCGCGCUUGGCAGCAAAAGGGUUAUCUUCACUUUUUCUGAUGUAAGUGUUAAUUUAACAACCAUGCGAGAAUGAGCUGCAAAAAUGGUCUCCCAUUAAAUCGUUUCAAUAUUUUUGUAGUCCAGUAUGGUAACUGAAAUGAUACCGCAUUCUAAGUUGGUACUUGCGAUGUUGCUGAGUCUUACUGUCACUAUGCACCAAAGCAUAUAAAGUGUCAUUAAUACAUUUGGGGUCCGUAAACCUUGUUCUGCCCUGUUGGCACUAAAGGCUUCUGCGUGCGAUUCAGUUAAGAGCUAUAGUUUGUUCGGUUUGCUUGCCUGGUUAACCAACAGCUGCGGUGUAACCAGGAUCUAAAAUUGUAACCACCCUAAACCUAAAAAAAAAUAUAAUUAGGCCAAAAAUGUCUCGCUGCUUGGCUUCUAAAGUCAAUUGGCAGCAUUGGAGGCUAUCUAAAAUUCACUUUUUUAUUUUUAUUCAAGUGCCACAACCUAACUGCGUUUCUUUUUGUUGUAAAUAUGUUUUGUUUUCUUUUUUUCCCCAACUUCCCACUUGUUUGAAGUCUGGCGGGAAAUAUUUUCCCUUUUUCCCACCUUUUUUCUGCUCCGCCAACCCCAGCCAACUCUUCGAUUAAUUACUUCUAGCUGUUUGAUUUUUUUUUUAUUUUUUUGUGACAGGACAAAUGUUCAGCAGCAAAAUUGUUAUGGACCUGACUGUAAACACCUUGUGUUGUGUGUUGGAGGAAAAAGUACGCCUCCCUUCAUCAGAUGUUUUAAAGUGAAUAUAUAAAUGAAAAAAUUUAAAGAGUUUGUCAAAAGUUGCUUUUUAUUUCCAAUGGAAUGUUCAUGGAAACUACUGCAGCUUUUGAAUUUGUACAUUAAAAUAAUUGUACUGAUCUUAGGUUAUUUUCCCUUCCAGAUAUCUUGUAUUUUAAUAAAGUAAUCUUAAUAAAACACAUAGAAUUUAAAUAUUGGGAAUAAAAAAAAAAAGUGUAAGGCUUUAAUAA